AUUUCAUUGGUCAAUGUGAGGAAAGAGGGGCGUGAUCAAGACGGACAGUGCUACGGGAGGAGCGAGCAGCGUGUUUCCGGGGUCAUCUAUCGUACGACGCGGAACACACGCGGCAAUGGAAACCGAGUUUCGGGAAAUCGAUGAGCUCGGGAACUGGAACGCCGUUUACCAGGAGAUUAAGCAGCAGUCCAGUGACCUACCAUGCAAGAUCGCCAAACUUCCAGAAAACAGAAGUCAUAAUCGCUACAGAGACGUCAGUCCGUUUGACCACAGCCGUAUUCGUCUACAGAUCGGCAGCAAUGACUACAUCAAUGCCAGCCUGAUCUCAGUGGAAGAAGCUCAGAGAAACUACAUACUAACUCAGGGUCCGUUACCAAACACCUGUGGUCAUUUCUGGGAGAUGGUGUGGGAGCAGCGCUGCCGAGGGGUUGUGAUGCUGAAUCGCGUUAUAGAGAAAGGCUCGAUAAAGUGUGCUCAGUAUUGGCCUCAGCGAGAGGAGAGGGAGGCUGUUUUUGAAGACACAAAUUUCAAACUUACUCUGAUCUCAGAGGAUGUGAAAUCGUACUACACAGUACGACAGCUGGAGCUGGAAAAUCUGUCGACACAGGAAACACGGGAGAUUCUUCAUUUCCACUACACCACAUGGCCAGAUUUUGGCGUGCCAGAGUCGCCUGCAUCUUUUCUCAACUUCCUGUUCAAAGUGCGUGAGUCGGGCUGUCUGAGUCUAGAGCACGGUCCUGUCGUGGUCCACUGCAGCGCUGGUAUUGGCCGCUCUGGAACGUUCUGCCUUGUAGACACCUGCCUUCUACUGAUGUCUCGGAGGAAAGAUCCAACAUCAGUACGUAUCCAGGAGGUCUUGCUGGAAAUGCGGCGAUACCGCAUGGGUCUGAUCCAGACAGCUGACCAGCUGCGUUUCUCUUACCUCGCUGUCAUAGAGGGUGCCAAGUACAUAAUGGGAGACACGUCUGUACAGGAGUCAUGGAAGGAGUUAUCAAAUGAGGAGGAUCUCCCCCCUCAAUUAACUCCUCCUCCUCCCAGACCACGGCCCCGAAUAGACCCACCCAAUGGCAAAGACGAACUGGUGAACUCUGAUACCACCCACUUCUUCAGUGAGAUAAUAAAAAACAGCGCAGAAAUCUGUGCAAACAGUGCGCCCCAGACAUUCACCGACGGGUCAGAGCUUCGCAAACGGGCAGCCGGUGAGGUCGGUGAGGUCGGAGCGUCGGGGUUAAGCAAACCCGAUGACACAAUUAUCGCAAGAGAAGCCCCUCCCAAACCUGCACGGUCUCCGCCCAAGACUCCCACGGAGGAGGUGACUCCUGUUGCUGCCAAUGGAGCGUGGAGCCCCCUGCUGGCCAGUGUGUUUAUGUGCACGGUAAUGGCUGUAGGUGCUUAUGCCUGUUACCGCACCUAUUUCCACUGAUGCCCUCUUUUUCCCAUCCGUCUCUUUCUCUAUCCCUCCAUGUGCUGGCUAUUGGCGGGAAAAGAAAAAGAGAGACACACACAGACACUUUCUCAGCUGGACCUGUCUCUCUCAGCUGGGCCCGUCUCACUCUCUCCGAAUGUCUUUGGGAAAGCGUUUCAGAGACUUUUCCUAGCCAAACUGCUGCCGCCUCCUUCUACACACACACUCUUACACACAAUCUAAUAAAUGUGUGUCCGUUUAAAACCUCAGGGCCUCACAAUUCAGGUGUUGCUACCCAAACGUUAAACAUAGGUAACAGAAAAUCCAAAGACUCUGUUAUUGCUGCAGUAAGUAAGGGAACUUUUCGUGUGUGUGUGUGUGUAUGUAUCUCAAUCAUUUUUUUUGUUGCAUUUGUAAGUUGUAGGAGCUGCACAGGAGGUGAGCUUCUCUUAAUACAUGCUGAAAACACAAAUCUGCUGUACCUGAUUGAAAACCUGUUUGUAUUUGUGUGUCUUGGAGAAAAGGGAGAUCAUGAGUAGUCUGGGAUGUCUGAUACCAUCAAGUGCUCUGUUAGGCUACUGUCACAACAUCCCAAAAGCUUUUUCUUUUCAUUCUUUUUUCCAGCCUCAGCUUUAGUUUAUACCCCAAAGGUGACACUGGUACUUUGUCUGUGUGA